AAAAAACAAUAAAGAGAGAAAGAGAAAGAGAGAAAGAGAGAGAGAGAGUUGGUUUCUGUUUCUCUUCUCUCUCUUCUUCGUCUUCCUCGUUCUGUCUUAGCUGGGAGCUCUCUCUCACCGUUUCGCUUCCCGGCCUUCGUACUUUCAAGACAACACCCUCAGCUGGGGAGCUGGCGGAGUACGACAGUGUGCGGAGACGUUCAGCUCCAGCUUUAUUUUUUAAGAUUUCAUUUAUUUAUUUAUUUUUUUUUUGGUUUUUUGUUUUCGGGUUUGUAAAGAGACACUUAUAAUUGGAGGAGCUGAGGCGGGGUUUAAGUUAUGAAAUCUGCUUAUUUUUAAGAAAUAAAAAAUGUUGGAGUUGAAGUGAAUAUUUGAGUUUCUCGGAGACUCCCACGCAGUUUUAUUAUUAUUCUCAUCAAGGGGAGGAGCUCUGAGCAACAUGAUUGAUCAGUUCAUCAAUUUUGUGAUUCGCCCUCCUAGGGCAGAUUAUAUCCCAGAUCAGUAUUUAUGGGAAAAAGAUUUCACUCUUGCAGGCAGAUCAUACAAAAGACAGGACUUAGAGCUUAGGAAUGGAAGGGGUCAUGCCUUAAAGUGUAGUCAUUAUAUGCCAUCAGUUUUCCUGGAAGAUACUCCUUUGCCUUGUGUCAUAUACUGCCAUGGAAACAGUGGAUGUAGGGCAGAUGCAAAUGAGGCCGCUGUUACUCUUCUUCCAUCAAAUAUUACUGUUUUUACCCUUGAUUUUUCUGGUUCGGGCUUAUCUGAUGGUGACUACGUUAGUCUUGGUUGGCAUGAGAAAGAUGACCUCAAAGUUGUGGUUUCAUACUUAAGAAACAACAAACAAAUAUCACGUAUAGGUCUUUGGGGACGAUCUAUGGGUGCAGUAACUAGCCUUCUAUAUGGAGCAGAAGAUCCUUCCAUUGCUGGGAUGGUGUUGGAUAGUGCCUUUUAUGACUUAUUUAGUCUAAUGAUGGAACUCGUAGACAUAUACAAAAUCCGGCUUCCUAAAUUCACUGUUAAGAUGGCUGUGCAGUACAUGCGAUGGAUGAUUCAGAAGAAGGCAAAGUUUGAUAUCAUGGAUCUUAAUUGCUUAAAGGUUGCACCCAAAACAUUCAUUCCUGCCUUAUUUGGACAUGCAAAUGAGGACAAAUUCAUUCAUCCCCACCACUCUGAUGAUAUCUUUAACUCUUAUGCGGGGGAUAAGAAUAUCAUAAAAUUUGACGGUGACCACAACUCAUCUCGGCCACAGUUUUAUUAUGAUUCAGUUUCCAUUUUUUUCCUCAAUGUCCUGCACCCUCCUCAAAUUUCUUCUACACAUCCAAGCAAAGUUGAGAAAUAUUAUGAACUGGGGGACAUAAAGGUUGGUGCAGGCAUGGAUGAGAGCCUGUUUUAUGAGAUUAUUACUCGUCUUCGCUCUGCUAGUACAGAUGCUGCAAGUUCUUCUACACAGCCAAUCAUUUUAGCUGCAAAACCUUUGAAUGAACUUCUUUCUGAAGUUGCACCAGUCACCAGUAUAGAUUCCUUGGUUAAUGAUGAUUGUGGCCUUGGUGACGAGUCAUCAAAUUUACAGUGUACCAUCAAGAAUAAUCUGAAUGGCCAAAAUGAUGAAUGUUGCUCAUAUAGUAGCUCAAAUAGGGAGAGUUGGGGAAGAUGCUCUUCAUUGGGAGGCAGUGAUGGAGAAUCUUUUGCAGACUCUGCAGCUGCUGAAAGGAGACAUCAGAUAACUCUUGAGGCUCUUGCAACACCUGUCAGAAGCAAACAAAAAAAAUCAUCGGGCUCUUCGAAGGAGAAGAAAAAGAAGCAAGAUACAGCUGGUGGAAAGAAGCCUAAAUCUGAGAAGCUUGUGGCCCUUAGCAAAAGAUUUCGCCUCUGUAUAAUGCGAGUAAAACAUCAGAGGUCUCUCUCUUCAUGACUUACCUUGUUCCAUGGGAACCUGUUUAUAAAUCAUGUAAUGUUCCAUUCAUCUCAAGUUUUUCCUUGGUUUAUACUGACCCAUUCCACGGUUGAAAAGAGUCCUGAGUUUCUUGGCGCUAAUCUGUGCCAUCACAUGGGGCUUCACUGGCCAUGUAUGUGUUUGAUUGAUCUCUCUCCAUGCAUGUCAUUGCUGGACAUGAUGCGCAUGCACUAAAUUGUAGAAUUUCCUCUGCAAUUUUGGUUGCCCCAAGCCCCCUUCUUAUUUCUGUACAAAGUACACCUUUUACCAUAUCUAAGUGAAAGUUUGUAGUUUGAUGGCUGUA